AUUUCAGUCUGUUAACGGUGGUUUCGGUAUCGGUGGUGCUUUCGGAAAAAACGAUUCCUGGAUUUAUUACUUCCUGCCCUAGCUGAGCUUCAACAAGCGUUUGUAGAAACGGUCAUGUAAAUGAUCCUGAACUAGAGUUCCCCGUCCCCGUGCAGUUCCUGUUUGUUGGCGAUUUACCUGGGAUACCGAAACGGGUUGCAGAUCCAGCUUCAUCAACUAUUGUCCUUAGUUCAAAACAACUAUCAAGUGCCAAACAUUUCGUUGAUGCCUGAAUAUGACCCCAAAACUACCGAUAACCGAGUUUGGAAAAUGGCAAGCUCGAGCUGUUCUGCUAAUAUUUCUGUGCAAAAUUCCGUCAUCUUGGUUUAUGGCUUGUUUGAUAUUCACAGCCCCGGCACCCAAACACGGAGAGUUUUUCUGCAAACCGCCCGUCCCCAUCAAUGUUAUUAAUAGAACCGAGUGGAUAAAAGUAUCACACCCGCUGAAGGAGGAAAUCAACGAUGAGGAGUUCGCUAUCGAUUAUUGCAACGUGUUUGAAGAUGCUUUGGAGCACAGUCUGCAGUUCUACAAAGACCCUGAAUUCAAACCGUGGAUUCAACCGAAAAAUGGAACUAAAAUAGUACCGUGCGAAACGUUCGAGCACCAUGCUGAUUAUAACUCGGUUAUAACACAGUUUGAUUUGGUGUGUUCAAGAGACAUUCUAGUGGCGACAACCCAAUUCUUUCAUCUCUUUGGAGUGCUGCUCGGAGGUAUCAUCACAACCAAACUGAUGGAGAGUAUAAGCCCUCGCAACACCAUGUUAUUGGGUAUGUACGCUCAAAUCAUAUGUGGCUGCACUACAGGGUUGGUAAAUGUGUUCGAAUUGCAUAUGAUGUUUCGCUGUCUAAGCGCGAUAUGCUGCGGCCUGAUGUACACGGCAGGUGGAGUGAUCAUGGCCGACAUAACGGGAGGAAAGUAUAAAACAGCAACAAUUUGCUUCUUCGAGCAGUUCUGGUCUAUAGGAGUUAUUCUUCUACCCGGAGUAGCAUCGUUCUGGAGCAACUGGUCUCAUCUAUACCUGGCAAUAUCCCUGCCAACUUUUAUACUUAUAAUACUGCACAGAUGGAUCCCAGACUCCCCGAAAUGGCUACUCGCGAAAGGGCGCAUAAAAGAAGCUAAAGCGUUUCUUCUGGAUGCAACUGAGGUCAAUCAAAAUCAGCGCGAUGUACCAGAAGACUUUGACCAACUGUUAAAGGAUGUCUCUGUUUCGCUCCAAUCGGAACAGGCUCCGGAUCCGUGGUGGUCCAUUUGGAAAGAAAAAUCAGCCGUUAAGAAUUUGAUUUGCGUUCAUUUGGCGUGGUCAAUUUUUAUUGUAGUGUACUAUGGGAUGCUUCUGAAUAUACGCGCUUUUGGUCGAGAUCAUCUUCAAAUCAACACGGUGAUAGCAGGUGCUUCCGAAAUUCUUGGAACCUUCUUAGGAUUCUAUCUCAUAAUGAACACAACGAAAAAGUGGUUCCUCACCGGCCUUCUCAACAUCAUAGGCGGUCUAAUCGCAUACCUUGCCUGGACGAUUCCACCGGAGAUUACAGGAAAUAAACGGGUCGUUCUCCUCAUGCUGACAGCGAUGGUGUCGAAGGUAACAAUAUCUUCUUGCCUGGCGAUUUUGACAACGUGCACCACUGAAGUAGUGAGUGAUUGCAAGAAAAAAGGAGCAGCAUAUUCUUCGAUAUGUUGGGCGAGGAUAUGGUUACUUUGCGCACCUUUCCUCGGAGCUACAAUCAUUUUCGGUCAACUGAUCCCACAAACUGUAUUUGCUUCGCUAACGAUACUGGGAGGAAUAAUCGUUGGAAGCAUUCACAGUCCCCGGACACAUCCAAAUGCAAAGAAAAACUCAAUCUAUCCAGAAACUAUUGUUCCUGACACUGUGUGGUCGAUAAAGGUACCAAAGACUUCAUGAUUUUGAAUAGGAUUAGGCUAAAGACUCUGAAGAGAAUUGGCAACGAGUUACCUCUAUUAUGUGCUAAGUACUAAGUUUAUGGUUGUGACUCUUACUACAGUUGACGUAAAAUGUUUAUAGCAGUAUUCUUGUCAAUAAAACUAUUUCUAUUAAUUUUAAAGUAUAACUAAGAGUUUAUUUUGGGACGAUUGUCAUUGAAAGAUUUUACUACAUUGUGUACGGACUUGCGCAUAUCGAUGACCACUUCUUUAACUAAGUUUUUGAAGAAAGCAUCGUGCGGUUUUUCACUAUAACGUUCAAAGAAAUCCAAAGAAUCUUGAAGCUUCAACGUAAGGUCGUAAUUUUUCUGUAUUUGAUUCAAAAUUUGUUCUUCAGUAGGUGUGGAGAGUGAUUCUGCUGACAGCCAUUCUUUUAUUUUUAUCUGAAAAAGGAACGU